AUAUUACGUUGUUUAGGGCUUGAGCGUUUGCGCCCACGUUAGAAGUGUGGUUCAAUCACAAUUUUUCACUGAUCCAUUUUGCGAAUUCCUCUUACAAACCCUGAACCCUCCUCCGAUUGCAGCAGCCGCACCAUUGUCGUUCACCUUUUUAUCAUUUUAGUGAGUUCGAAGGCUAACUUGUUACCCUGUCGAAUUUCCUUGUGAAAUUAAUCCCAAAGUAGAGAAGAUGGUGGUGAGGAUCCGAUUAUCGAGAUUCGGAUGCAAAAACAAACCAUUUUAUCGGGUCAUGGCCGCUGAUAGCAGAUCCCCAAGAGAUGGCAAACAUCUCGAAGUCCUUGGUUACUACAAUCCCCUUCCAGGUCAAGAUGGAGGCAAACGGAUGGGUCUUAAUUUUGAGAGAGUGAAGUAUUGGUUAUCAGUGGGUGCUCAGCCUUCAGAUCCUGUCCAACGCAUCCUUUUCAGAGCGGGGUUACUACCCCCACCACCAAUGGUGGCGAUGGGGCGUAAAGGUGGACCUCGCGACACACGUCCAGUUGAUCCAAUGACUGGACGAAUUUUGGAUCCAGAGAAGAUGUCCAAUGUUCUGCCCAAUCAAAAAGCCAAGGAAGCUGGAACAACCAACCCAUGAAACUUCCAUUUUCGCAGUUCUCUAGUCUUUUCUCUUUCAUAAAGGAAGGAGGACCUUUUAGGGUGGGUGAGUAGGUGUGAUUCCACAAUAUUUGCACUUUGAUCGCCUGAAGGAUGAAUAUUGUGAAAAAUAACUCACUGAACAUAAUCCAGUGCUUACCAGGUUCAGGGAUGAAUUUCUUGGACGUCCCGGAAUCAGCUUCAGAUUUAUCUAGCUUUGGUGCACGCCUAUGUCAUAAGUUUUCUUUA